AUGAAGUUGCGCACGAUGUCUUCAAUGAUCCUCAUUCUCAUAGGAAUAGUACUCUGGAAACCGUUUUUUACGACAGCUGCUGCUUCUGACCAAGCUUGUCCAACUUCCUUACCGAUCAGGAUAUCGGCCUUGAACUUUCCUCCUCUUGUCGAGCCAUCUCAAGGUAACACAGCAGCACCAAAAGGUGUACUUGGAGAAUUUAUGAUCGAUAUUAUCAAGAAGUGUUUUAGAGAUUGUAAAUUCACCCUAAGGUCCGUCCAAACGACCGUGUUUAACACAACUUGGAGUUUUUUGAAGUCAAUACAAGACGGUGAAGCGGAAAUCGCAUUUCCUAUAACACGACCAAUGAAGAUGUGGCUGUCUGAUGACGACUACAUUGGGCAAGAGAUGUCAUUUCAAGAAUUCUUCGCCUCCCCUGGGUACUCGCUUGUAAUGGACGUGGAGUAUAUCAACAAAAAAGCCAACGAUAUCAUCGUUCAGUCCCUAAUGGAAAACACUUGGCCAAUUAUUGUCUUUACUCUUCUUAUAGCUGGAAUCUCAGGAAUAAUCGUCUGGAUUCUAGUAAGAUUGAAAUCUCAUUGUCCUUAUCCAUAUCUAUUUUAUUUUCAUGAGGCUGCAUACACAAUGCCAAUUCUUUCCAGUGUCGUCUCUGCUGACAAACCAUGCGUGGGCUCCUUUGUAUACCUCAUUGUCUUUUUUUUGAAGCCUCAUUACCAAAAUAUUGAAUAAACAAGCUCCCUACACGUGUAAUGCACCUAGUUAUUGUAAGUCGUAAGGCGAAGUAAGCGCGCUAUAUACCUCGUUCUUUGCGGAGUCUUUUAUUUACACUUACUUACGAGAUUUCUUAGUCUUUCUCGCUAAUGAAAUGUGUUUCAGGAGUCGGUUCGCCUUCUGUUUUCAGCCCUUUCGACAAUCAUGGACAAUUACUUGUUAUCUAGACACAAAUCAUAAACAAUAUGGUCAUUUUUGCAAGAAAGGAGAUCCCUUUAAAAAACCCUCCUAGAAAAUCGACAACAAGUAUUAAAAAAAUAAAAUGAUGCAAUUUUAUGCAUUUUUUUCAACAUACACCUUUGGAAUUUAUGACGUUUUCAGGAAACAUACUUCAAUGAAGAGGAAUUCCCUCGUUCGUUUACUAAAGGCGCCUAUGAAGGCUUUUGGUGGGCUUUUGUUUCCAUGACAACAGUGGGGUACGUAAAAUGAUGCUCCUCUGUUACUAAUGGAUAGAGAUUUAUCCAGUGUAUAGCGUUAUCCACCUUUUGAACAAUUGAGGCUUCUAUGUCCGUUUUGAUACUAAAGUCGUUAUCCCUGGACGAACUUAGGCAAACAUUUUGCCGCUCGUGUGGUUAUGCAACGACUCCCUACGACAGGUAGUUCGUCUGAAUGCACAAUGCAUCUGAUCUUGUACCUUUGUUUAUACUCGAGAUUCAUAACCAGACGAGCUACAAAAUGUUUGCCCAAGUAUGUCCAGACGAAUAGAGAGUCUUAAGUUUAAAAACAGCCAAUAAGUGGCAGCUUCUUAAGACGUUUUUUUUUGUUAAUUUAAGGGCACUUAGUUGAAAUUGUGGUCUGAGCACAUUCCGGUUUAAGUUAAAUGCCAAUGUAGGUAGUAUAAAUUAACAUCGGGUACAAGUACCAAAUCGAGUACGAUUACGACGUUAGAGCAUCCCCCGAACUAUAACUCUUUCCUGUUGCUGACUAGCACGUUAAUAAACGUUGGGGAUCAGAUUGUUGGAAGUAAUUAUAGGAAGCACACGAAUUUGGUUUGAAAACUGUACCCCUAAGGUCAUAAUAAGGUCCCUAAUUACAUUUGGUGAGUGGGCAAUUCAGAAAGCCAAAGGCCUGCAGUGCGAAGAGAUCCUCUCUUAAUACUGAUAAGACAAAUUAACCAGAGGUCAUUAAUUUCCCCGCUUGAAUUGUUAAAGCAGCAAAAUUGCAACUUUUAAUGGUACGAAAAUGGAGCUUAAGCAACGAGGUUUAAACCCCAUUUACACGCGCUAAAAAAAUCGGCACGGCACGCCAAAUGUUUGGCACCGUGCUGACAAUUUUAGGGCGCGGUACUCCCAAUUUUCGACGUGUAAACGUAUCGGUCCCAAAUGUAAUAUGGCACCAGUGCUCAAAAUUUUAGGGGUGCCGAGACUACCUCCCGGAGGUAGUCUCGGCACGGGUAAACGAGGCACGGCGCAAAAAUUUGGCGUGCCGUGUCGAUUUUUUUAGCGCGCGUAAAUGGGGUUUUAUGUUAGCAAAUCAACAACACUGCAAGUGCAUCAGGCUUUACAGUACAUUUCUUUGUCGUCGAUGUACGAAUUCGACGAGCAACUGCCCAAUUUCACGUUUUCUGGCGGACGAACUCACUUUUUAGGAGACCGUUUAGCCACCAUCGUCGUCGUCGUUGCUAAAUCUCGCUAAUGUGUUUGGUGUUCCAACAUUUGUUUUCAUGUUAGGUAUGGUGACAAAACUCCCAAAUUCAUUUUUGGUCGUUUGUUUGGCAUCGCUUGGAUUUUGAUUGGAUUGGUUGUCAUAGCAGUGUUCACAGCGACUGCUACAAGUUCACUCAGCGUCUCCCCAAGCGACUUGGCAGUGCUUGAAGGAACAACCGUAAGAAAAACUCUAAAAAUCUCACUGUAUUUACUCGGAUAAGCACCGCAUCUGGGAGAAAAAAGCUAAGACAUCGCGGCCCUGAUAUAAUCAAAAUCAAAAGACCUUAAUUCUGUUUAAUGGUUUAAUUCGGACAAUACAAAUGCCGUAUAAGACCUUUGUUAAAACAGUUCUUUGAAUGGCUGGGCAACAUUGUUCUUUACAUACAGAGAACAACGUUUGUUCAAAACCGUAACUAACAAGUCAUAGAUAUUAAUUAACACGGAAGUGUAACGCCGCUUAUUGCCUUGAAAAGUAUGUUCUUCAAUCUACUUCCUUGCAUUUGCCUUAUUAGGUCGGAGUAUUGAAUGAUACAUCAGCAGGGUUAGAGGCAAAACAAAGAGGCGCGAUAGUAAAAAGUAAGUACUGUUUUAUAACCUCUUGGCAACCUAUCCCAAGAUGGAUAAAUCGAAUAGUAACCCUUAAAAACUAACACUAAAACUAGUAAUAACCAAAGGUUACGGAGUGCGGGCGACAACGAUCGAAGGUCAAAACGCUUUUGCUCCAUCGCUGUGCUUUGCGUAAGUUUCACGUGACAGAGAGUCAAAACACGCGUGAUCAGAUUACGAGUGAUAGAAGGUCCAAAAUGCGCGUCAUGAAAUUGCGUUCAGUGCAUUCCAUUCAUUGUUAGUGGAAGUCUAAAUGAAUGCUGGCUACAUACAUGCGACGCAUGCGUAAUAACAACCUGAAGAUUAGGAUUGCGGGCUCUUCUUGUCGCCCGCAAUUACGGAGAGGAAGAGUGAACAGAUAAAAUAAAUUACUGAAAAACAAAAGAAUUUAAAUGGACAUAAGAAAGGUUAAAAAUUCCACCUGGCCGGGAGCCGUAUUCAAAAGUUGCAGUACCGUUAAUUAAAUUAGUCCAAGGGGCUUGCAACCGGUUCCUCCGGAUUGCAUGUCUAGAGCUCCGACCGCCGGUUCAUGCUGUACUGUUUGUUUAUUUGUUUGCUUGCUUAGCCGCAAAUGUUCACUUUGAACCGGAUCUUUUCACUUGAAACUAGUAAAGGAAUGCGAAAACAUUAUCUCAGUGGGAUAAUUUGUUGUUGUAAUGAUCUGGUGAAUGACUUUACCAUGGCGUCGAAGCCAUAUAUGAGUUGAGUUUGUUGUUGGUUCUCUCCCUUUCUUCUAGAGAUUUUUCGCUGGGUACUCCGGUUUUCCCAACAUAACGACAACAUAACGAAUAUGCUUGAAAUAAAUAUCCCGAUGUAUAUAGCGCUUACGCAAUCCAAAAAUCAAGGUAUAAGAGAUUUGUAACAAAGCUUUGUUGUAUUUUUAGUCCUGAAUACGAUCAAUGGAUCGCACCCUUGUUUACCAAUCCAUUUUCUUACAGGGUUCCCAUCAGCUGAGCUUCUGUUCAGAGGGCUCGAGUCAAAUAUUAUAGAUGGCAUAUUCAUGGACAAAUUCAAAGCUGGCCACUACCUAGACUCAAGAAAUAAGCCUAACCUCAAAGUUUUUCUGUCUGUUGAUACGAGCGUAGCGGUGAAAUAUGACCUUGCUGUAAUGGGCGUUUCAGCGAACAACUCAUGCUUUAAAUCUGCCAUCAUGAAACGUGAUGUGGAUGAAUUGCUCCUACAGUAUUUGAAGCCGGUAGCGGUAAGGAAUAAAUCUGAUUUGAUAAGAACUGAAGAAGGCUAUGCUAAUACCGUUAUAACUUAAGUCUUCCCGGCUGUAGGCCCAUUCGCCUGCAAACAAAAAAUACAUCCGAUUAUGGCCCUUAAAGACCGGUAUUUGUUUUUUUUUUCUUUCUAGAGAACACUGAGCCCUUUGUUGUUAUUUCAUCUCACGAUGCAUGGAUACUUCUGCUUGUCAAUUCCGUGGGAACUCCUUUUUUAUGUAAACGCUUUCUAUUGUUAUAAUAAAUUUGUUUAGAUGCUAUGACCGUAAUUAGCUAUUACCGUAACCUUCAGCUUAUAAGCACUGGGGUUUUAGGGGAGGGGGGGGGGGUUAAGCUUCAAAACGUCACAAUAAACCGAAUUCUCAGGAGGGUGGGCCUACAAUCGGAGCUAGAAGGGCGUUUAUAUCCGUAAGGGUUAUAUUCCAAUCUUUAAACCUUCCCACACUGGCUUUGCUUCCUGGAUUUUGGUUCAGUAAAAACAAGGGAAUUAGGAAACAGCAGGGGUUCAUAUUUGCCUCUGAUUAGUUUGUAAUUACGGAUUGUCAAUCAAGUCCUAACCAUACCUAUUCAUGACCAUUUAAGGCUUUUAACCAGGACAGUGACUCGACGAGUAUCUUCUCUGGUGCAUCAAAAUCCACCCAACGUUUCCUAUUGAUCACAAUGGGAGUUUUCUUGGGCCUCGUAAUGUUGGGGAUUAUUGGUGAAGUUGUGCACAAAACAAUGUGGAAAGCAAACAAAAGGGUUGAGAACAGUGAAGGUUAGUAGUAAAGGGCGUAUGUUUCACUCCUUUUUAUCUACUGGAGUUUGAUGGAAACCGUUGAGUAUUGCCGUAUCAGCCAGUUGCAGUGACCUGGAUCAGCAUAAAUAGUUUGUGUAGGAAAUAUACAAAACUUCAAAGCGAUAAAGAAGUAAACAAACUCUAAUUAAUUGUGGUUAACAUUAAAACAAAAAUGUUUAAAAAAAUUGGCGCGAUAAUUCGUUUUUUUUGAUAACUUUCUCUCCUUGACGGUCCUUUCCAUCCAAUAGGACUGAAUUAAACUCCGCAUUUGCGUUGCAUUUCGCAGCCGAAUUAACAAUAUCCUGGGUAGCUUAUUUUUCGUGUGAGUGUAAUGACUAUUUCUCUUGUAGAUGGGGUUGAAUUGAAGGAUGUCAAGGUUCAGUCAAACUCCAGCAAAGGCAACCUUAAAGAUAUUGAGGACAAACUGGGACAGUUGGUUUGUGAAGUCAGGAAAUUACAAGAACAACUUGUUAAUAUUUCAUCUCAAGCAAAUGGGACUUUCGCACAGAGCACAACUCACAUGUAGGGCUUAGCAGUGAAAAUAGACGCC